CGGCCGCUCGCUCGCGGACCACCCGCGUCCUGGAGAAUACCUCCCCCUUCACUCCCUCGGUCAGCUAUCAUGGCGGCAGGCCUGCGUGCCCUUUUCCUUCUCGCACUCUCUACCCUUGCCGCUAGCAGCUGUUUGGCUGCUUUCGGCUGGUUCCUCCGUAACGAAGAGGCAGGGAGUCCGACCCCCUCCCCCUCUCCCUCGGCUGCCGGGCCCCCGCAGUCCCUGUUCGAGAUGACCGUGGUGGACGAGAAGUUUGUGCUGGAAGGCCGGCACCUGGAGCUGAGUCUGCUGGACAGCUGUCACCACCAGGUAAUAGCUCAGUUGACAACCUCCUGCAGUGAUCUUUCCGAAGAGGAGCUGGCCAAACUUGGGGUGUCCUUAUUCAACUGUCAAGCGGCUGCUGAACAUCGGUUAACUUACCCGUGCACUGCAGAUAUGACGUUGGCUGAAUGUACAGAAGCUAUGGACCCUGACACCUGGAAUGCAUACCAUAUAGUCAGUAAUCGGGCGCGUUCCGUGUGCUAUGCCACACGACAGCAGGACUUCAAACAGAAGACUGAGAUGACGGUGAAUGCACUAGUAGCUUCAGCUUCCAGUCAGUUAGAAGCAAUGAAAAUGCUCAAGGUUGGACAAAAGGAACUACGAGAGCUGACUGCCUCGUCACUUGAAAAAGUUGUUAAGAGUCAGAAUGAGUUGCUGGAACAGCAGGAGCAGCUUCAGGGGGGUCAGCAAGAGCUGGAGACUUCAAUCAAUGGAAACUUGGAGAAGCUGACUAAGGAAAAAGAACUAAUUGCUGGUGGACACCAGCAAGUUGCCAAGUUGAUUGAGGGCAUCACGUUAACAAUGGAAAAUGUCACUAAACAAUUGGCUCAUCAGGACUCUGAACUACAAGAAGGUCAUCGAGCAAUUCUAAAAGACUUGAUGGAGGUCAGGACACGUGCUUAUCAGGUCUACACCAAGCUGGAUUCGAACCUGGCUUUAUUUUCUGCUCAUCAAUCCCAAACUGCCAUUUAUUAUGAUCAGUUAAUGGAGAAGCUGCAGAAGAUGAACCAGACUGUGGGCAUGGUGAUGUACAUGAUUGACCACCUUGAGCUUGGAGUAAGUCAGAGGUUGAACAGCAUCCAGCACUUCCUGAGCUGGACAGGAAACAACCUUCACGUGAUCUAUACCUGUACAGUACAUGUCAGUUAUUUUCUGGUCGCAGCUUUCAUCAUGACAUUCUUGCAAACGCCAGGUUUCUCUCGAGCAGUGUUGUUAAUCCUGGUGAUAUUGAAUGCUGUCUGCAAGUUCAACCAUUGUGUUUCCAUGGACUUAAAGUGUCUCAGUCUCUUCCUGUCUAUGACGGUAAUUGGUAACUGGGUGUUGAUUAAAUAUUUUAGUUCCUGGAAGAGGAAAUCUCUACAAUGUCAUCCAUCUACGCCCGUCAUUGAACCUUCAACCAUCUAUGACUCAGUGAAGACUGGAUUUUGCACCUCCACACCUGAGCGGAAGUAUGACAUCCUCAGCUUAGAGGAAGAACUUGAGAAACUGGAAUGUGAUGGCCUGCAAGACAACUAUGAUUUGCGGAACAUAAGAAGCAAUACAUUGAUAAAGACUCCUGUCCAGGCAUCAUCACAAACUACAACACAAAAGGAAUAUGUCUCCAAAGUUCCUGUAACCUCCAUACCCAUCUUGAAGAAAAGGCUAGGAUUGACCAACUCUGCCCAUUGGGAGGCCACUCAGAGAAAAGCAAGGGAUGAUGCACCCCAGAGUCACCAUGUGUGGAUGCUUGAAAGUGAAACUUUCAAUCUCAAUAAUUCUGCUGCCAGUAGUGGAUCUCUAGCACAGAGGCAACCAUGUUGUGCAAUCACGAAGACUGGUCAACCGUGUCGAAAUAAAGCAGUUACCGGGCAAGAAUUUUGUCGAGUCCACUGUUCAGGGCAAUCUUCAUACAAUUAAAUUACUGUUGUUUAGUUCUAGAAUUUUACAGUAGUUUUGAAUUUGAUUAAUUUACUGUGUCAUUUUAAAUAGUGACUUCCUGAAUAUAUAAGAAACACUCAUUAAUAAUGUCUCAUUGUUCAACAAUCUCUCUUUUCCUGUCAAAACUCUGCAGAAUCAGCAAGACUAUUUGGAACUAGGCAUCUGAAACAUGAUUGACUGUGUCAUUUAAUUUUAAAAACCUUGUACUCUGCCUAUCUAGUUCUGAGUUUGACAUUAGACUAUCUUUUCACUCUGUCAGAAGACCUGCUAUGGAUUUUCAGCACUUUUUUUUUCCCCCUUUUUGAUCUCAAAUGUUGAUUUAUUCACUUUUUUACUUGGAAAGUGAAUAAGUGGUUACUUUUCCCUUUUUUUAAAAUGGUGUUAUUUGAAUGUUCUUGACUGACUUCUUAUCCCUGGUUACGAACAGCAAGUGAGCCACUGCCAAUGUGCAAUGCCUUUAUUCUUUGGAAUGUCUGAAAGCCAAGAAUAGUUAGAUUCUGGCUUUCAGUAAAAUGAGAAUAGUGCUGCAAUGCUGUCACAAUAUCUGCUUACAACUCCCAAAAAUUUGAGUUAUGGCAAAGCAGUUGCAACUAGGAAAAUUGUCCAAGUGAGGGGGUGUAGAAAGAAUAGUUUCAGAAUUACGUACUCCUUUUUGUCUCGUACCUUUUGAAAGAGGUCCGGGAUUAGGGUAAACUACAAUGUAGUCUCUGGAGCCUUGUAUUAAUUUGCACAUUCAUGUUUGUUACUGAAAUUUAAACUGGUUGGCAGAAUAGUGGUCCUCCUGCUGACCAGAUACUUUUGUACAAUAUUUUACUUAAGAUGGAUUGAGUCUGACCUCUUACUCUGUGCAGUGUUGGUGCACAAAACAGUAGCCCUGACUCUGCUGUCUCUUGCUUGCUGCUCAGUCAUGUGUUCUGUCUGCAGCAUUGCUCAGGACAGCAAGUAUCCUUUGUAUGUUUUACUAUUUGUAGUGUGGUGUCACUGUUGCAGAUAUUCAUACAAAGAAUUGAGGUGGAUGGAUAGUUUUGACCAAUUGACUGUAUGGUUGGCCUGGAAGUACUCUUUAGUGUAACUUGGUUUUUGGGCCUCCCCAUUACGCUAGGAUUGCAGUAUCUUCCUCUGUGUAUUAAAUCUGAACUUGAAUUUGCAUGAAGAAAUCAUUUUGAUAUCAGAAUUCCGAUUGGCUUUUGUUGUGUGUGGUUUCCCUGGUUGCUUUUCUAAGGCAUAACUAUCUGAAGUGAUUGCGGGAGAAAUAAAAAGAUUGUGAUCAGGUGGUAAUGAACCAGUUAAAUACUCUGUUCCUAGACUAGGUUUUUGAACUUGUUUGAUUAACAGUAAAGCGAGUAUUUGGACGGGUUGGGCUUGAGGUUUUGCUUACCUUCCUAUUUAAAGGAAUCCAUCAGGGUAAAUAUCAAAAUCUUUGAAGCUUCAUGUAAGAUCCCUUUUUUCUGUUCAAAAUAAUGGAACUGUUUAGCUUAACUGAUUUUUUUUUUCCACGAUUUAAAAUUAAGUUGGAGUUCAAAAUUAUAUUUUUGGAUCCGCUGAUCAAUCUCCAUUCAGUUACGCUCAACAGAUUUUCUUACUUCAGUCAAAAAAUCAAUACUUCCUAUGAUUAGAACACUAAGCAUUUCUGUCAUAUUUCUAUUAAUCACACA